UUACACCGUCUUAUCUUUAUAGACUUACCUCUCAAACCUGGACUUGACUUCUGUCGGACUUUUGCAUUCCUCACUUAUUUCAACAUGUCCACAGUAAGGCUGCUCUUAUCGUGUCUGCUUUUUAAGGACGUCAUCUCAUUGUCGGGAAACUUCUGGCACAUCACGGAUCUGCACUGGGACCCGACCUACGAACUGAGCGAUGAUCCUCAACUGGUUUGCCAAUCAAGUGGCAAACGACCCGCAGCCAAUGCUGGACAGUUUGGAGACUAUGCUUGUGACUCGCCAUGGCUCCUUAUAAACUCCUCUGUGUAUGCCAUGAAGGAUAUUCUACCAGAUCCGGACUUCAUCGUUUGGACAGGAGAUGACACACCCCACGCAGAUCUUGGAGAGGAAGUGGUGCUUCCCAUUAUCAGCAACCUUACCCACAUCAUAGGUCAAGUGUUUCCAAACACUAAAGUGUACUCUGCCCUGGGCAACCAUGACUUCCACCCUAAAAGCCAGCUUCCUGCAGGCCCAGAUGACAUCUAUGACCAAACAGCAGACAUUUGGCAGGCCUGGUUGGAUCCAGCGUCCGAGGAAACUUUUAAAAAAGGUGGAUAUUACACCGAGAAGCUGCUCAAUCGAACGGGUUUCAGGAUUCUGGUACUAAACACAAACCUCUACUAUGACCAGAACAAGAAGACCAAGAACAUGGUGGACCCAGCGGGACAGUUUACCUGGGCGGAUCAGGUUCUUACAGAGGCCGCCAACAACAAAGAAAAGGUGUACAUCAUUGGCCACGUCCCCCCAGGUUUCUUUGAGAAGAAGAGAAAUAAGCCGUGGUUUGUGCCGGGAUUCAACAAGCUGUACCUGGAUUUAAUUCAGAGGCAUCAUUCAGUCAUAAUGGGACAGUUUUUUGGCCAUCAUCACACCGAUAGCUUCCGAAUGUUCUACAACUCAACGGGCUCUCCUAUCAGUACGAUGUUCCUCAGCCCAGGUGUCACACCUUGGAAAACAUCCCUCCCUGGAGUCCUGGAUGGAGCCAACAACCCUGGGAUUCGUGUCUUUGAAUAUGACACCCAAACACUCCUUGUCAAAGAUGUGGUGACCUAUUAUCUGAACCUGACUCGCGCGAAUGCAGGUGAUGGGCGCUGGGAGGAGGAGUAUCGUCUCACAGAGAGCUUCAGACUGCCAGACGCCUCCCCGGCCUCCAUGCAUCAGGCUCUGGAGCGCAUUGCCUCUGACCGCAUCUACCUUCAGAAGUACUAUGAGUUCAACUCUGUCAACUACGACUUGACAGAGUGCAACAGCGACUGCCGCGUUGACCACGUGUGUGCAGCCAGGGAGGUAGACUUUGACAGGUAUGAACGCUGCCUGGUAACAGAAGGGGCAGCUGCCAUUUACAGCGGGCUGCAUCCUGUCCUCUCUGUGGCUGUAAGUGUGCUGCUCGCCAAUUGGUAAUGAUAUUUGACCUAUCACUGAUGUUUAAAAUGUAUUAUUGAAGCUUCAAGGAGUCAUUGAAUGGACACACUGAUUUUUAAGUUCAAGAUAAUUGAGGUCAUGUAAAUAUUUAACAUCACAGGAAAUGUUUUUCUUGUUUUAAAUCAUGACAUCUAUAUUUCAGGUGAGUCACGCCUUAAAUAUAUUUAACCAGGGAAAAGCAACCUUUGGCUUCAGCAAUCUUUGGUUGACCUAGUUUUAUUUGUUGUGGUUGCUUCCCUGUCAAACUAUACUAUAUUUAAUAAAACCAGAAAAAGGCCUAAACUGUU